AUGGUUCCAAUAGAAAAAAGGUCGUUAUCUUGUGGAGCAAUGCUUAAUAAAUUUGAAAAGGAUUUUAUGAUUUUUCCUGAAUAUUUGGAGCUGGCAGAAAUUGUAAAUAUAAAAUCGUAUGUUGGCAAACUUGGUGAUGAUCUUGACAAAACAAGUAUUUUUAACUUUUUAAAAUUCACUGUUUAUUUUCUAAAAAAAGUUUUUGGGGGAUAA